AUGAAGGCCGCCAGGCUCUCAUCUCCUCUGAGCCCCUCCUGUCCCGUCCCUCCCCGGCCCAACAGCAAAGGAAAGCCUCCAGAGUCCCGGUACACCGUCCACCAGGAGCGAGGCCGGAGACCCCGGAGCCCGGAUGGGAGUAACUCCCUGGUGUCAAGUCUAGCAGAGGUCCCCGCAGAAAAAGGCACGAAAAGCAACCGCCUAGUCCAGAAAUGGCGACGCGCGGAGUCUCGGCCUCUCCGCAAAAGGGGCGGCGAGGAGGAACGGGGGACGCGAGCGCCCUGGGCUCUGGCCGCACUCGCGUGCACACGCACACCCCAACUCAUCCACACCCACGGCGACUCGACCCCCGAGGGCGAUCUGCCCGUCUCCGCCUCCGCCCCGACUCCACUUGAAGAAGUCUCCCUGACCGGCCCCCCGCCAACCCGGACCCCGCGCAGGGGAGGGGACUCCAGCUCACCGCGCGCAGGGCCGCCCGGCCAAACCCCCCGGAGCGCUGGGCGCCGAGCCCGCCGCUUCCCCACCGCGCGGGCCCGGAGCGCGCCCCGAAAUAGCCGGCCUGCCAACUUCAAAGUGCCGCCCCGCACAUCAAAGCGCGCCGGCCGCCGGACCGCCGCGGCCUCGGCACUCACCAUUGAUCCGCUGGCGCACUCCUUGCGGAGACCUCGCAGGCGCCGCGGGCAGGGCUCCUGCCCGGGUCCCCCGCUGGACUCGCAGAGGCUGCCCCGGGGCCCCCCCGGGCCCCCCCGGGCGUGGGGAACAUGA